AGGUAUUCCUCCUCCUCGUUGCCAAUUGUCUCACCACCCACUCACUGUUCGCUCCAUUGCAUUCUUUCCUUUUCUCAAUUCAGUCGCUCAUUCUGCGCCUUUAUACCAAGAACCUUCAUUCUUCACAAUGUCCUGGUUGUUCGGUUCCUCCAAGCCCGAGAGCGCGCCCGCCGCAGCUCCCACCGAAUCCGGCGCCCCCGCCGAGAAGCCCAAGCCCUGCUGCGUCUGCAAGACCGAAAAGACCGCCCGCGACGACUGCAUGCUCUUCUCCAAGACCGACGACCCCACCCAGGAAUGCAAGUCGAUGAUUGACCAGUACAAGGCCUGCAUGGCCGGGUAUGGAUUCAAGGUCUAGAACGUUUUCCCCCCGGGGGGGCUGUUGUGCGGGGAGUGGCAUGUUUCUGGGGGCUGGGCGGGGAGAUUUUCCGGGCGCGUAUGUGAGAUCCUCCUCGACUCGGUGGUGGUUGUAUAACACGUGAAGGGAAUUGUUUUUGGGUACAGUAUUGGUACAUAGAAGGAGAAAGAGCGCUUGCCAACAUUUUCCUGGAGUUUUGGGGUCUGGGAGGCUUUGUUUUCUCCGAGGGGUUUCGCUUUGCUAUGGUCGUGUGUAUAUUAGAUAGAUCUUUUUUUCUCUGCUCGAAUGUUCUUCUCGUGGGCGGUUGUUUUUAGUAUCAUCUCCCCUUAUGCAGUGCAGU